AUGCAUCAACUCCAGGACCACAUCCAGAGGGCCAUCACAAUGUUCAGCAAGAAAGAGCUCUCACAAGAGCAAGCACUGCUAAAAGAGGUGAAUCUGCAGCAUAUGAACUCUGAGGUUCUGGAGGAGUUCCUGAGGUCAUUGGAGAACCUGAAGAGGUUCUGUUCCACAGCUCAGCUCAGGAACAUGGAGGACCUCUCUCACUCUGUGAGGAAGCAGUGGGAGGAUGUGCGCUCUGAGAUAGCUGCCUUUUUACAACAAAUGAGAUUUGAUAUCGGACAAGGACACUUUAACACGGCUGAUUUGCAUUGUGAGAAACUGACGCAUUUUAACCCAGGGACAUCAUCCACUGAUCCUGGACCUGAUCAGGCACAGGCAUUCCUGCAUGCAGAUGCCGGCCAGCGACCAGAGGCCCUGAAGGCACUGUCGGAUACACUGAGCCCUGGAGAAAAACAGAAGAUGACCGUACAUACCAAGGACACAAUGAUCACUGGAAUCAGCUACCAGAGAGAACCAAGCCCACACCCGGUCUGCCGCAGAGGUUUUUCAGAAGGUCCACUGGCACCCAAGUUUUCUCAAGCAAUAGUGAGGGCAGAGACCGUGGAAGUCAAACAGAUGCCAGAGCGUACCGUCAUCAAGACCUCAUCUCCAGAUGAGGGAUCAGCUGCCCAGGAGGACAUGGACAGAUACCGAGCUGCCAGCAGUGCUUUCAGGGCCCAGCUAGAAAAGAACCAGCAGAGCCUCCAGUCCGAGUUUCCCUGUGCCUCCGACAUGCCCACUGCCCUGCGCGCCCAUCUUGACCAGCUGCAGGUGCUGAAGGGGGAGACAGAUAGCCUGUGGUAUGAGUUUGAGCUCCAGUGUUCCCAGUUCUGCCAGCUGGAGGGCAUGGAGCUCAGCCUGGCAGAAGAGGGGAAGGAGCUGCUGCAGCAGUGGAGAGCUCAACAGAUCAGUCUGCAGAAGAGGAUGAAAUCCCUGGAGACAGCUGUGGAAAUGAUUGGUCCAGUGGGUGAUCAGAUGACCCACAUCUGCCAACAGCUUGACCAUCUCUUCAAAAAUCCUAAGGACAUCAGUGGGCUGACCCUAAACAAUGCUAGCACAUUACAGGAUGAUAUAAAGGACCUGGAGGAGAGGAUCCAGCAGGAGAUGGCCCGGCUUUCUGGCCUGGACAGCGAGGACAGCCCGGUGCUGAGCGAGCUGGACCCGGAGGCUCGGCUGGCCGUCGGGCGAGCGGCUCUGGGCUGCAGGCGGGCGCUGGACCAGUGCCGCCAGCGGGUGUGGAAGGGCGGGAAGGCCAUCCGGUCCCUUGACCGGUUCCUUUCGUCCCUCCGCGCCGUGGAGCGGGACAUCUCCGGCGCGCAGGCCAGCGUGCCCAGGGACGCGCGGGAGGCGCGGGACGGGCGCUCUCGGCUGGUGCCGGUCCGGCAGAGUGUGCGGGCCGCCGGGGACGAGGCGGUGCAGCUGGACCGUCUCCUGGAGGAGGCCCAGGUCUCGCUGGCCCAGAAUGGUGCUGGUACCUCCUGCCAGGACCUGGUGCUUGUGCUAGCCAGACGGAUCGAAGAGGCCGACGCCUACUUUGCACGCCAGCUGAAGGAGGGCACAAAGCAGGAAAUGCCCUCCCUGGGCGAGAGGAGGAUGGUCCUGAGGGGGGCUCUGCAGGAGGUCCGGGGCUCAGUGGAGAGGCAGGGGCUGAAAGAGCCCACGUUGCCUGCCCUACAGCGCAGCAUGCAUGCCCUGGCUGGCGCAGACGAGCGUCUGGCUGCGCAACGCGCUGAGCUGCAGGGUCUGCGAGAGGCAACUGCGCAGUUGGACCCCAAAAUCAGCCGAGGAGACCCCACAGGGGAGCUGGAGGCGUUGUGGGAGGAGACGCACAGAACUGUGACUGAGAGGAGGGAGCAGUACCGUGCACUCAGUGAGCUGCUGAAGAAGUUCCAGGGCUGCCGCGGUAACCUGCAAAGCACGCUACGGCAAGCGGAGCAGACCAUCGGCGUGCAGGCCUCCUACAUGAGCAAGGACAACCUGCAGUGCCUCAUCACCAAGGUCCAAGGGAUAAAGGAAGACCUGGCAGGCCUUAGAGAGGGGGUGGAUGAAAUGCGGGGGGUGCGCGGGCAGCUGCAGUCCCAGCUGAGGGCAUUCCCAGACUGCGCCAUCGUUCCCUUUGAGAGAGAGGCAGACGACCUGGUGGAUCGCUGGCUGGAUGUGACUGAGAAGACAGACUCACACUUGGACAACCUGCGUUUGGGCCUGGCUCUUUGGGAAAAGCUCCUGCAGCUGGGCAGAGAGAUUGAGAGCUGGACUGGGGAAAAGAUGGCCUUGCUUGCAGAGGGACACCCAUUUCACAGCGAACAGGACGUCCAGGCCUUUCAGGACGAGAUCCGCAGGCAGGAGGAGAACAUUGAGCACUUCCACCGGCGGUCAGAUGAGAUCCAGGGGAUGCUGCAGAGCAAGGAGUCCCCAUUGGACCUGCAGGUGAUGGAGACACAGCUGAGAAAUAAGAUGGAGCAGGUGAAGGAGCUCUUCUCCGAGAGCAGCUCCAUCUUCCAGGACGUGAGAGCAGCCAGGGAUUGCGUCGCCCAGAGAAUGGAAGCGUGCCAGUCUGCCCUGCGGGACAUCCAAUCCUCACUGAGCAUGCUCGAUACAUCCCAGACCCCACCACCGCUCCCCCACAUCCAGGAGUUGUCUGCGCAGCUGCAGUCGCGGGUAGAGCAGACAAAUUUGGUCAUGGAGGAGGUACAGCUCCUGUCGGGAAUGGCCAGCCCGCAGGCUCUGGAGUCACUGGUUGCGGAGGGCCUCCGUCUGAAGGAGGGCAUCCGCUCCACCCAGGAUCUGAUCGGCCGGAAGAGAGCGGAGGCAGAAAAAGGCCUCCUCAAGAUGGAGACUGUCAGCCAAAGCCAGACCAGGGGUGGCCAACAGGAGGCGCUGGUACCACCAGCUGGUGGUAGUGCAGUUUUGAAAGAAGAAGCAUCCCCUUGUGAAGAAGGCUUUCCGGUUGAGGGAGGAGCCUCGAUGACAUCCAAGCGUGUUCAAGGGCCGAAGGCCGACGAUCAGCACAGUAGGACAGGAAAGGCCGUGGUUAGCGCGAAACCAGGCUCGAGUAGGAAGCAGUCCGGGAGACUGGACUCUGGUGCUCAGCUCGGUGUGACCCCGCAGUCUGACACCCAAAAGGACAGGAAGGAGGUUACAAAGAAGGCAGGUACUGAGCUGCAGCAUGUCACUCACGAAGUUACCGUCUGCAAGGACUACACUAUGAGGGCAAGCACAGGAAAAGAUGACCGUGAGGACAUGGGGACGAACACACAAGGCACCGGUGCAAGCGUUUGUGAGAAAAAAGUGGUCUCAAUUCUUCUGGACGUUGAUCGACAAUGGACAGCCACUCCGUCUAGCAAGCUACUGCCUCAGGAGAGCAAGGGGGGCAGUUUCACCGAGAGCUCUGGUGAUGUACAACUUGCCAUGAUCUCAGGAGCAAAGUUUAGGGAGAGCAGCAAAACUGAACGUGUGGAUUCGGGGCCUGGCGAACGCACUGGAUCAGCUUCUGCAGAAACUGCGGCAGGAAAGGCCCCACCUGUCAGGACUGAGACUCAGCACGCUGAGCCAGAGCUUCAGGGAACGACUGAGACCCUACAGCCCCAGAGCACAGCGGUGGCUCUAGUCCUGGAUACCAACGCUCUUCACAUCCAUGCCCCUGAGGCAGGCCCGUCCCCCCAUGCAGACGUCCUGCGAAUCCUCUCGUCGGGAGGAGCGGAUAUUCCGGCCGCUGAAAAGCACGCGGACGCACAGCGGGCACCAGACACCGUGGCACAAACCAGCCCACCCACUAACCUACGUGUGAAACUCACUGGAACUCCUGAGACGCAUGGAGAGUCACAGUCCAGUGAUGCAGCCUGCCUUGAGGAGGUACCGGAGGAAACCGCCAGGACAGAUCCAACCCGGCUUCAGGAAGCGCAAGCUCACACUUCUCAAAACCAGCCCAGUCAGACCCUGUGGACUGAAGCCACUGGUCCUGACAAAAAGAAGAGAGCAGAGAAUUCUGGGAGUUUGGGGCAGCCGGACAGAAUUAUUUCAGCCCAGAAAAGAGUGGAACGUGGUGCGGAGGGUCCAUUUCCCGAGGGACACAGGCAGCUCACGGUCGAGGUCAAGGCCACCUUCAUACCCAGCCCACGAGGACAAGACCGGUCUCAGGACCUGCUCAGUGGGUCCUCCGGGCUGGAUACCUUCACUCAGGUCCAGAACCUGCCAGAAUCUAUGAGCCACAUCACUGAGAUGGAGAGAGCCACAGCCAGGCUGGACCAGAUUCAGAAAGAGCUUCUAGAUUGUUCUGAGAAGAAGGUCUCUCUGGAUGAGCUGCAAAGCAUGCUGGGAAGGAUGAAACAGUGUCAGCACCAGCUUGAGAAUGAGAGCCACACGUUGGCUGCCCUAGAGAGAAGUGUCUCGCGCCUCCUGGAUGACCCCACCCAUCAAGGACAGGCCGCACCCUUCAAACUCUGUCAGCAGCUGCAAGGCAUGCAGGACCGCUGCAAGAAGCUGAGAGAGAAGUGCAUGCUGGACCAGCAGACGAUGCGCUCUGAGGUUCAAGAGCGGGAACAGGCGCAGAAGGAGAUUCGAGCUGUGAGGGAGCGGCUGGUCACCAUGGCAGCCAUGCUAUCUAAGCAGGGGCAGCGCCCCAGCACCCGGAAAGUACAGGAGGCCCGGAAAGACUUGGACUCCCAGAAUGCUGUGCUACAGAGCAUCACGAGUGGCCUGAAAAAUAAGUACUUAGACAAGCUGGUGCCCACAGAGCUGGAGACUCCUCUUCAAGAGGCGAGGGUGUUGCUGAAGGAGCUUCAGGAGAAGGCAGAGAAGAUGGUGGAGAAGAGCAGCACUCUGUCCAAGCUGAGCUGCAAGGUGACGGAGGUGAUGGAGGGGCUGCAGGCCGUGCAGGAUCUGCUGCAGCAGAAGAGUCCCUCAUUGACCGAGGCCCAGUACACACAGAAGUGUGUGUGGGACAAACUGGACAGGUGGCAUGCCUACUUGGCGGAGUUGGAGGGAGAGGUGCAAGAUAUUUCGGAGGAGCAGCCGGAGCAAGCCCAGUUCCUGAUGGACAAACUUAUGGAGCCACUGCAGCUGUAUCAGGAUGUAGCCAAGCAGGCAGAGCAGCGAACUGCCUUCCUUAGCAAGGUGCCCACCCUCCUGCAGGAGUAUGAAGAAAUGAUUGGGAGCUCCAACAGGUGGCUGAGAGAGGCACAGUCUUGGUUGGACACACCCAUAAUCUACAAAACUGCCAAGUGUCUUAGUAGCUACGCCCAAGGCCUGCAGGCAGUCCUGGAUGACUCAGAGCAGAUGAGGCGGGGCCUGCAGGGCUUUGUCUCGACGCUGCAGGAUAUCAGCAACGUGUGCAACAUAGCUUCUUCGCAGGAAAAGCUGCUCCAAACAGACCAACGCAUGGCUGGCAUGCAGCAGGCCAUCACGGGACCACUGUCUCGACACCAGUAUGCCACAUCGGAGGUGGAAGCCAUGGAGAGGGAAGUGAAGCUGAUGGAGGGAAAUGUUACCAAAAUUAAGAGCAUUUUGUCCUCUAUCGACACAACCUCAAUCUCACCUGAGGAACACCUGAUGAACCGGCAGGUGAUCUUGGACAACAUUCAGUCAAUGAAGAGUACAAUCGCUGAGAUUCAGAGGUGCAGAUCUGAGCUGGAGCUUCCUAAGGAAGCCAGCAAAAGCCUGUCCGUCUUCCACAGGACUCUCCAGCUCCUACAGCCCAUCCAGGACCUGGAACAGCUGACGCAAGAACAGAGUGCCACCUUGCAGGCUGCCAUUGAGCAGUCAAUGAGCAGGACGUCCGACUCCGCUCCCCGGAGGGGCCCAGUGAUCCCCAGCUUGGUCCUGUCUGUUCCUGGGUACCAUCAGGGGGCGUUGGACAUGCCACAAGCAGGCAGGAAAGUGGAGGAGGAGGCCAGAAGCUCCAGCUGUUCAUCUUCUGAAACACUCACCGGGAGUGUUACUGAGGACCCUGGUGACAUCUGUACUGGUGAGGGGUAUGCUGGAGCCCCAUCCACAGUCUCCAGAGGAGCAGGAGUCACAGCUGGAGGCAGAUUUGAUCCUCUGAUGAGCAGCGUGAGCACAGAGGUUUUUGAACCCUGCCCUAGUCCGUCUCCCACGAAGCUUAUGAGAGAAAGUGGACUUGCUUAUCAGGGGGAGGAUGCACAGCUGGAGGGGGUGAAGGCUCCAGGCCAGCUAGGUUCCUCUCAGGAUGCUCUCCAGUCAUGCCGAGAGAGGCCUGCCUCACUAAAAGACAAGUGGGAGGGGUCUCAACAGCACCUCACUGCCGAGCAACAUCUUUUCAACCGUCAGGCUCCAGGCCAGCUGGGUUCCUCUCAGGAUGCUCUCCAGUCAUGCCGAGAGAGGCCUGCCUCACUAAAAGACAAGUGGGAGGGGUCUCAACAGCACCUCACUGCCGAGCAACAUCUUUUAAACUGUCAGGAGUUGGGACAACAACUGGCGGAGCAGAGAGCGCUGCUGGGAGACAUUGCUGGUCACUGUGGAGGGACAAUUGCGAGCCAGACGCAUGCAGGGUCACACCCCAGGCCCAUAGAGGGCAGCGCAGCCCAAAGAGAGAGCGACCUCCUUCACAGCCAGCUGGAGGAAAAACUCAUGGCCCUGGAGGAGCUUGGGAAGGGUAUUUCCCUGCAGGUGGCUCCGCAGCCACAGGUGGGCCUGCAGCUACCAGAGAGCCAGGCGUCUGCGCAGACAAGCGAAAUUCACACCACGCAUGUGCCCCCGUCUCCUGCAGGGGACACUGCCGCACAGGUAGUGCGUAGUGAGCAUGCAAAUAAACCCCGUCGUCGUGUUGCAAAGGACAAGGUGGAGAGCAGCAGGCCCUCUGGGAAGGAGGCGCAGAGGACAAGCGUGGAGCUGCUGCAGGCGUUCGGUGAACAGCUUAGGGGGCUGGUGGUGCUGAGCAUAGCGCGCCUCGCCCACAGCCAGCAGCUGCACAGCCGGGCCCACCUAGAGACCCUGCUGAACGGGCACAAGAUGUUUUUCCAGGCCCUGGGGGCCCAAGUGGCGGUGCUGGGUCACCUGCAACACCGCGUCUCGGUGGAGGAGCGGCCGCCGGUGCAGAGUGCGGGAGCGGAGCUGGAGCAGGAAGUCAGAGGCCUACAGCUGCGGGCCGCAGAGGAAGGAGCCCAGCUGCAGACAACCCUGGAGGCCUGGACACAGUGGGACUUGAGCAGUAGCCAGAUGGCGGAGUUGCUGCAGCGCAUCGAGGCCCGUCUGCCCAGCAGGGGGCCGCCUGAGGAGAGGGAAAGGCAGCUUGUCAUCUACCAGGAAUUGAAAGGCGUUCUGGAGGAGAAUGGACCACGGCUGUACCAGGCCCUGGACCUAGGGCGGAGGCUACAGGCCGGAGGGCGCUGUGAAGGCGUGGCCAUGGCCCUGCAGCGGCUGGAGGCCCAUUGGCUGGCUGUGCAGAAGAGGGUGGAGCAAGGGCAGGUCCGUACUGAGGAAAUGGUGGACCUGCAGAGCAGGUUCCAGAAGGAAUCGUUAGCGCUGUCUGAGUGGAUGGCUGGGGCCAGACAGCGGCUGCAGUCGUGCCGAGAGCUGACUGGUGCCCCGCCUGAGGAACUGCUGGCGCGGCUCCUGGAACUGGCCAAGGAAACGGAGGCCGCGUCCCCCCUGAAGGCGACCGUGAGCCGCGCCGGAGCGCAGCUCCUGCAGCUGGAGGGCGCCGACGCCCUCGGCCUGCGGACGCAGCUGGAGCAGCUGGAGCAGCGCUGGGCGGACCUGGGGGCCUCGCAGUCGGACGCGCGGGAACAGCUGCACAAGUUGCUGAUGGAGAAGCUGACAUUGGAGGAGGUCAUGGCGGGGCUGGGUGUGUGUAUGGACAGGGUGGAUGCCAGACUGGCGGAGGUCAAGGAGGAGAUCCAACAGGCCUCUUGCACCUCCACCCUAGGCCCAAUACUCCAGCGUUGCCAGGAAUGUAAGGUGGAGAUGGCCUCACACCAGCUUUCCCUGGACUUUACCAGCAAGGCAGUGAUCCAGAUCAGCGGCCCAGAGGACGUCUGUGAGAAGCGCUAUGAGAGACUAGACCUCGCCGAGCGGCUGGGCGCUCUACGCCUGCGCUGGCUUUCCCUGAAAGGGGAGCUGGCCACCCAGACCCAUAGCGUGGAGCGGCUGCAGCAGAUCUGCGCGGACAGAGAGAGCCGGCUGCAGGCGUUGCGCAGCUGGGUCGCGGGCCGGAGGCGAAGGCUGGAGGACCUGCCGAAGCCUCACGGCCUCUCCCAGGCUCAGAGGCUGGAGGAGGAGUGCAAGGACGCAGAGCAGAAGCUGAAGCUGAAGUCUGCAGAGCUGAAGGACUUGAGAGACUCCUGCCGCUCUGGGGAAGGAGGCGAGGAGCAGCGGAGUUACCGCGCGUUCGUGGCUGAGACAGACACUGUUCUACAGGACAUGACUGCCCUGAGCCAGCAGAUUUCCACGGUGGGCCCGACCUCGCUGCAGGUACUGAGGCAGUGGGAGUGGAUCGAGGGGGCGCUGGGCGAGGCAGCCCUGAGGACGGAAAAGACCAGCCACGCCCUGGAGCUCGACCGCGCGCCGCAGCUCUCGCUCACUACCCUCCGGGGCCACGCCUGCAGGCUGCAGCUCCUCCAGAAGGAGGUGAGGGAGGACGAGGAGGCCUGGGAGGACCUUAUGAAGACCUGGGCCAGUCUGAGGACUGCUGUCAGCCUGGAGGCCGCCCAGCUGCUAACCCAGCGGCUGGAGGAGGAGAAGAAACGAAGGGUGGCGGUAAGCCAGGAAGUGACGGAGGAGCUACGGAAAGCGCGGGCUCUGAUCGAGCCGUGGGAGGCUUACGCCCGUCUAUCCGAGGCCUGCCUCCUGCAGCUGCGCCGGCACCAGGACCAGCUGGGGGCGCUGUCGAGCAGCCCGCCCCGACGAGACGGCGAAGAGGAGCCGGUCCAGGCCCAGAUAGAGACCGUGAGAGAACUGCAUGCUGGUAUGGAUGGUUUGCAGAGCAGUCUGAGUGCGGUGGUGAAAGCCUCGGAUGAGCUCAUAGGACAGAUAGAGCCCCAGGCCUCCAUCUUCAUCGAAUCAGAAACCCUGAUGCUGAAAGAGGGCGUAACCCAGCUGGCCGGGGCUCUGGAAUUAAGACACAAGCAGCUACAGGGGAAGCUGGAUCUUCUUGAAGAAUUCCACAGACGCUUGGAAACUCUGGAGAAAUACCUGAAGGACUUUGAGAGCAAGCUGCAGAGCAUCCCCAGACAUGAACAGAACCUGGAGGCCCUCCAGGGGGACCUCUUCCAGCUGACCGCCCGCACUUCCGCCCUGGACUUCCUGAACCAGCUGUGCUAUGGCGUUACCCUAAGCAGCGAGGAGGCCUGCAGGCUCCAGGACCUCGAUACGCGGUGGCCGUUGGCCGCCUCUCGCACGAUGGAGAUGUGCCGUGAGCUCCAGGCAGAGGCGCUGAUGAGGCAGAGCUUUCAGGAGAAGUGCGAGACCUGGAGGUGCUUCCUGGAGGAUACAGACCAGAAACUUCCCAAGGAGGACAUCACCAGCUUCUCCUCAGACCCCCUCCCACAGCAACUCAACUUCCAACGGAUGUUCCAAGUUCGGGCGUCCAUCGGGUGCCAGAUCCUAAAUUCGGUAAUCACGGAUGCCCUGGGCAAGGGUGACGUGGAGGACAGGUUUGGCCUCAUGCAGAAGCUGGCCCAGCUGAUGGAGCAGUGGCAGGGGAUAGUGCAAAGGGCACAACAGUGGGGCGUCCUGGUGCAGGGGCUGAUGGGACAGCGUUAUGUCUACACUUGUGGCCAGAGGAUGCUGAAGAAGCUGCUGAGCGACACAGACAAGCUGUUAUCUUCUUCAGGCCCCACCCGCCGCAGCGUGCGUCAGCUCCACCAGUCACUAGAGGAGUUCAAGCAUGCUGAAAGGCAGUUCCAGCAGCACCGUGCCAUCUACCUGCAGACGCUGGAUGCAGGGACGGCUCUUCUCUCAGUGCAACCUCAGCUGCAGGAGGACUUGAAGAGCCUGCAGGAGGCCUGGGAGCGUGCCCAAGGCAUUGUGGGAACACAGAGGUCCCUCACGGAGGCUGUGCUUCAGGAUUGGGUGUGCUGCCAGACCAGGCUAGCCGAUAGCAGAUGGAGGCUGAAGAAACUGAAGGAAAAACUGAAUCAGCCGGUGCCAGAUCUUUGGGAAGAUCGACAAACCACAGAGCAGCUGACAAAGGAGCAUAAGGACUUGCUGGAGGAGUGGUCCAGCAGCUUGGCAGAGCUGGCCAGCAAGAGGGAGGAGCUGGCUUGCCAGAUCGCUGCCGAUGAGGUGGCCCUGCUGCAGGCACCUGAGGAGGGGCUGCGCAGCCAGUGGGAGGAACUCCGCCUGAAGGUGUCCCUACGUGAGCAAGAGAUCGCCGACCGGCUUUGCGCCUGGAAGGUCUUCAACGAGAACAAAAAGUGGCUCUGUGAUUGGCUGAUGCAGUUGGAGAGCAUUGUGGCGCAAGGCACUCAUUUAGCCUCAACGGAUGUCGCGGAGAGGCUGAACAAGGACUGCAUCGCAGUGAUGAAAUUCUUCAGUGUGAACAAGGCCGACCUGAAACUGCUUGGAGAACAACUUAUCACAGCAGGGGGCGGAGCCAAGGAGACAGAGAUCAAGAUUAUUCUGAAGGACAUGGAGGACAGGUGGCAGCAUGCGAUUGACUGCAUCGUGUCAAGGGAGAAGCAGCUGCAGGAGAGGCAGGACAGGUUGACACAGCUGCGUCGGAACGUGAGUGGCCUGCAGAUGCAGCUUUCCCGUGCUGAGGCCCAGCUGGCCACGCCCCUGCAGUACAGCACCUGUCACAAUGAAGAGAUCCAGAGGAGACUGGUAGAGCAGCAGGCCCUUGAGCGGGACCUGGAGCAGCUGUCGGAGAGAGUGGCCUCAGCCUUGGCUCUGUGCACCACGCGGGAUCCGGUCGGCGGCGGCGGCGGCAGUGAUGCGGAGAGCGCGCUCAGCCUGGACCGCCGCUGCAGGGACGCCCGCGCCCUGUGCACGCAGCGAAGGGACAAGAUCGAGGAGACUCGACAGCUGUGGCGCGAGUUCCAGGACAGCCACGCGCGCUUUGAGGAUUGGCUGAAGACGGCCGAGCAAAAUGUAAGCGCCAAAGAGGAUGCAGAGAAGUUUGAGGCUCUCCGGAGGGAGGUGCAGGAGCGGUUCCCUCAGCUGGAACUCUUAAACGCGCAAUACCAGCAUCUGGCCCGGGAGAACCUCACCGACGAGGCCGGCAGCCUCAAGGUCAAAGUUCAGGAGGUCAACCGCCGCUGGGACGCCCUAUGGCUAAGAGAGCUGGAAGAAAGGACAGGAGAUGAAGGGGGCCCACCCAUCCAGCAGGCCGUGGCCCGCAUGCUGGCAGUGUCCCUGGGGCAGGAACACACUGGAGAAGCGGGAGGCUCUUCCUCAUUCACAGAGGAGGGGGCGGAGGCUGCUGUCCAUGACACCGUAUCAGGGAUGCCUGCGACCGAGUCCCAAGAGGAGGGUCUGGGUGCUGCACCCACACACACCAGCAUUCCAUAUACGCAGAGCUAUGAGGAAAUGUUGUCAGAGUGCAACAGGAGCAUCUUCCGCGUGAGGAGGGUCUUGCUAUUCCUCAACAACGAAGAGGAGGCUGCCGAGGACCAGGGCCUCACCGGGCUGACUGCAGCCGACACGCAGCCAGGAGUCAUCCAGCGAUUUGAGGUGGUGCAGGCCACGAGCCCCCAGGCCCGUGAACUCCAGGAUCCGCCGCCACCCAGCUCCGAUCUCCAGGACGUCGCCGCCUGGCUGAGCCGGGUGAUACCGGAGCUGGAGGGGCUACAGCGGCCAGAGGCUUCGUCCAGCCUGAGCGUCCAGGACAUGGAAGCCAGCGUCAAGAGGCUAAAGGAUAUGCAGAGGACCGUUGACAGGUACAAGGGCAUGGUGAUUGCCCAAAACCUGAGUGGGCCAGAGCAGCCGCAGGGUGGGGUGGGGGCAGCGGGCGAGGCUGGCCUGCAGGACAUGGAUCAGGUCUGCGUUCUCCUGGAUCAAUGGAAGGAGAAGCUCCAUGGCGCCCUCCUGAGGUGCCAGGACUUCCACCAGACCCUGCACUCCAUGCUGCUGUGGCUGCGCAAUGCGGAGAGCAAGUGCCAUGCAGUCGAUGCCCGCAACCCCACCCUGGGGUCAGCCGCACUGCGGAAACAUGGCCGCACCCUCACGGCCUUGGAGAAGGAACUCCAGGUGCGGCUCCGGCAGGUGAGCUCCCUCCAGGAGACCUCCUCCCAGGAGACCUCCUCCCAGCUACUGCAGGAGGGCGGGGCCGAGGCCAGGGCGGUCGGUAAGGACAGCUGCGAGACCCAGGAGAAGCUGCGUGUCAUCAACAGCAAGUUGCAGGUGCUGCUCCGCCAGGUGGCCCGAGACCAGCAGGUGGUCCAGGAACGGCUGGAGCAGGAAGGAGAGGCAGGGGCUGCAGCAGCGACGGAAGGAGCUGCAGCAGGGACAGGAGAAUCCACCGCGGUAAACAGGAGCCCUGAGAGGCGUGACCCCUCACCCCCCCGUUCGUUCUUAGCCCGGGUGCUGCGGGCGGCCUUCCCCCUCCACCUCCUCCUCCUGCUGCUGCUGCUGCUGGCCUGCCUGAUCCCGCCCUGGGGCGACGACAACGGCUGUGCGUGGUCCAAUAACUUUGCCCGCUCCUUCUACCCCAUGCUGCGCUACAUCAAUGGGCCGCCACCUACCUGAGGCUCCUCCCACUUCUGUCCCCCACCCAUCCAUAUGACCAGGCCAAUCAGCAAGACCAAAUUCCAAAAGAGCAAGGGAGGGGACAUCAUCAGU